AUGGCGACCCAUUCUCUUACACGUAGAUGUGCUGGACUUACCUCUACAACUCCCGCAUCAGUGGUUCAAGGAUUCAUAAAGACCGCCACAACAACCCGGUCAUUCCAUCAAAACACCCCGCGCCCAGUCUUCGAUUUUCUUGUUCCACGUUUGGGUGCUCCCUUGCAGUCGGCAUAUCCUCUCAAGCAGAAUGGGCUAUUAAGGAAUCCCGUGAGAUGUUUCUCGACCACUAGGACACGAAAAGCUACCAUCACCACAUUCAAUCCACAAAAGAAUGAGGAUGGUACAGAACAGAAGAUCGAAAUCACAUCGCGUGCUGCAGAUCGUUUGCAACAACUCCGCAAGAAAGAAAACAAUCCUAAUCUUGCCCUUCGAGUCGAAGUCCAAUCCAAAUGCUAUGCCUACGUCAUCUACUCCUCGAAAUCAAAUAAUCCGACCACGUUGGAUCUUCGCGAAGAUGAUACAGUAUUCAGCUAUAUCAGUGACCAAUCCCACGCUAGUGUAGUUAUGGAUGUGUUCAGUCUCGAUGCCUUGAAGGGUAGCAGAAUAGAUUACGAAGUCAAGUUGAUCGGUUCCGAGUUCAAGAUUGUUGACAACCCAGCCGCGACUAGCAGUUGUGGUUGCGGAACAAGCUUCGACAUCAAGUUUUGA